GAGAUGUUCAUAUCAUUCCAAGAUACCCUAUUAAGGAAGAUCAGAGUUCUGUAAUUUUGUAGGGCAGAGAAGACAAAAUAUAGGCCUAAUAAAGUACUCUACUUAUUAUCUCUGGAAUUUUAUUGAACUAAGUUGAACCAUUGGUCAAAGUUCCAUACAACAUUCAUUUUGUCUUUAAGUUUCAAUAAGAAUUAUAAUUUAAGCUCUCUGGGCUUGGACCUGGUUGGUGGUGACAUGGCCAAAUGCACUAAGAAGGUCGGAAUCGUGGGUAAAUAUGGGACCUGUUACGGGGCUUCCCUCAGGAAGAUGGUGAAGAAGAUUGAGAUUAGCCAGCACGCCAAGUACACCUGCUCCUUCUGUGGCAAAACCAAGAUGAAAAGGCAAGCAGUGGGCAUCUGGCACUGUGGCUCCUGCAUGAAGACUGUAGCUGGUGGUGCCUGGACCUACAACACCACUUCUGCUGUCACAGUAAAGUCGGCUAUCAGAAGACUGAAGGAGUUGAAAGACCAGUAGAAGCUCCACCAUUUGAAACAUUGCUAGCCUAUAAUAAAUGGGUUAAUUUAUAUAAUAAUAAAAAAAGUUAUAAU